AUGUUACCAUCGAUAUCUAUCUAUAUCUCUUCAUAUCUAUUUCCAUCUCUUCAUAUCUAUCUAAAUUUCUUCAUAUAUAUCUAUAUCUCUUCAUAUCUAUUUAUCUAUCUCAGUCUCUUCAUAUCUAUCUAUCUAUCUCAGUCUCUUCAUAUCUAUCUAUCUAUCUAUCUAAGUUUCUUCAUAUCUAUCUCAGUCUCUUCAUAUGUAUAUCUAUCUAUCUCAGUCUCUUCAUAUCUAAGUCUCUUCAUAUCUAUCUAUCUAUCUAUCUCAGUCUCUUCAUAUCUAUCUAUCUCAGUCUCUUCAUAUCUAUCUAUCUCAGUCUCUUCAUAUCUAUCUAUCUAUCUAUCUAUCUCAGUCUCUUCAUAUCUAUCUAUCUAUCUAUCUAUCUAUCUCAGUCUCUUCAUAUCUAUCUAUCUAUCUAUCUAUCUAUCUCAGUCUCUUCAUAUCUAUCUAUCUAUCUAUCUAUCUCAGUCUCUUCAUAUCUAUCUAUCUAUCUAUCUAUCUCAGUCUCUUCAUAUCUAUCUAUCUAAGUCUCUUCAUAUCUAUCUAUCUAUCUAUCUAUCUCAAUAUCUUAAUAUCUAUCUAUCUAUGACUUGA